AUGAUGCCGCCAGCUACCUCAAACCCUAAAAUUCCAAUUUGGGUCCCCAACCCAACUGGAAAAAACUCCGCUGCUGAGGAGUACCCAGUUCCAAACUUCCUACAAGCAUCGCAUUUCAAGCACGAUCCAAGCGGAGAUUCUCAGAAAUCACAUUCUUCGCAACACACAUCACCUCACAAGCGAAGGCUACACUUCCAGGCGACCGUGCUGGACCUGCAAUCUGGGAAGUGCGUUCGUAGGGCUAGGCGUGGUUGUUCAUCAGUAGGGGUUAAAGUGCAAAGUGUUCACAAUGGCUUUCGUGUGAAUGCGUCAACUAGACCUGAGGACAGCAAAGACAAUAAUGAAGCCUCUAAGAAUGAGCCUGAAGAGAUGGAAACUAUCCAGAGAUUGAAAGCCGAGGAUAGUGGCAAAGAUGAUGCUGAUCAGGUGACAAUAACUCUGGACGAUGUGAAUCCAGUUAGACUAGGGAGACGAACUCGACAGGUUUUUGACGAUGCAUGGCGCCGCCUAACUAAGCUUGGACUGCUGACGAGUGCUUCCAGGCCUAGCGAUGAGUAUGAUUUUGAAACGGUGGUAGUUGGAGGGCCAAUGUGUGACUUUCAAACUCCGAAUGCUGAACUUACCACCGUUCUUAUUGCUGGGGCUACUGGGCGUGUGGGACGCAUUCUUAUUCGUAAGUUACAACUUCGAGGUUACAAAGUUAAGGCCUUAGUGAGGCAGAAUGACGAACAAACGCUGGAAAAGAUCCCUCGAUCAGUACAGAUUGUUGUUGGCGACGUUGGAGAUCCAACUACAAUGAAGGAGGCCGUUGAAGGGUGCAACAAAAUCGUCUUCUGCGCCGGUGCACGGUCUUCAAUAACUGGAGAUUUAAGUCGAGUGGACCAUCAAGGUGUUUACAAUCUGUCGAAAGCAUUUCAGGAUUACAACCACAAGCUGGCUCAAACGAGAGCAGGGCGGAGCAGCAAGAGCAAGUUAACCAUCGCCAAAUUUAGCCAAGCUACUGCUUCGGAAGGAUGGGAACUUAGAGAAGGUUUUUAUUUCACAGAUGACGUUGCUGGAAAGUAUGAUGGUGGGAUGGACGCACAAUUUGAGGUUGGUGAGGACGGAAAUGCUGUUUUUACAGGGUAUGUGUUCACACGAGGAGGCUAUGUUGAACUGGCCAAGAGAAUAUCGUUACCCCCUGGCUUAACACUUGACAGGUAUGAAGUGUUGGUUCUAUCAGUCUGCGGCGAUGGCAAGUCCUACACACUUUUGGUGGAGACAGACCCUUCAGAGGACGAUCCCAAAUGUAGACAGUACUUCUCUCGCUUUCCCACACGGCUGGGAUACAGUCGGGUUAGGAUCCCAUUCAGUUCAUUCCGACCGAUGGAUCCUGAGUCUCCUCCACUAGACCCUUUCCUAGUGCAUUCACUUAUGUUCCGAUUUGAGCCCAGACGGCAAAAAUCCUCAGCGAAUCGUCCUGCCAGUACUUUACCUCCUGCCCAGGAAAACCAGCAUAAUAGCUUUAGACUUGUACUCGAUUAUAUCAAAGCAUUGCCAGGAGGUCAAGAAACAGAUUUCAUAUUAGUGUCAUGUUCAGGUGCGGGAGUUCCAAAUGAAAUGAGGGAGAAGGUUUUGAGAGCAAAGCAGGCCGGGGAGGCAGCCUUGAGAAACUCGGGCCUAGGUUACACAAUCAUACGACCUGGACCUCUUCAGGAAGAGGCUGGAGGCCAAAAAGCUCUUGUUUUCGAUCAAGGCGACCGCAUUACUCAGAGUAUAAGCUGCGCGGAUGUAGCAGAUGUCUGCGUGAAAGCUUUACACAAUCCUACUGCUCGCAACAAGAGCUUCGAUGUAUGUUAUGAGUAUACAGCAGAGGAGGGUCUUGGCCUUUACGAGCUGGUGGCACACUUGCCAGACAAAUCCAACAAUUACUUGACUCCAGCAUUGGCUGUUCUUGAGACGAAUACGUGAUGAAGGAUUGCACACUUGCUGGCCUAGAUGUGCAGGACCCUCUGCCUCGCAGCUUCUGUGAGCUUCUAUGGGCUUGUAUCUACUGGAAGCUCCCUACUCACAGUAAGCAAAUUACAUAGGAAAUUCAACACUGGAGGUGACGUCGGAGACGAAGAACUGCCUUCUGACCAUAAUGAAAAUGGUAACAGCCACAUGGUGGCGUUCUGCUCCAUGAGCUUUUUCAUAAACACUUGCUUGAAUUUUUUAACCCAAUUUGCGGUUUUGGAAAGCCCACGUAGAAGAUAUCAAAGUGGGAGACUUCGAUGAAUUCUUAACUUUAACCAAACCUAAUAAUAACAAUAAUAAUUACUGAAAAAACACAAUAGAAAGAAAAUAAGUCACAUUAAAAACAUGGUGGAUCAUCAAGUCGAACACGACUCUUUUGAAAUAAUAUUUAUGUAAUUUAUGUUAGCACAGUUGUUUGUUUAUGCAUGCAUGAAUGUGUAUAUAUAUAUAUAUAUAUAUAUAUAUAAUAAAAAGAAGAGAUUCUUGUGAAGAA